UAGCAUGCAGCCGGCCCCGCCGUGGGAACGCCGCGGGAGCGAUGGGCGCGGUGCGCGGAACGGGCCGGGGACACCCGAGUGAGGGCAGCGCCCGCGGGCCCCUGAGCGUCCCGCUGCGGGGCGCCGUCCCGAGGACAGCUGCGAUCGCUCUGCUCAGCUCUCACAGUACUUAGCGCACCGAACGCCUUGGCGGCGCAGGGGCUCGCAGCCCUCAGCCGCCGCGGAGCCGCCCUGCGCGCUCGGGGAAGGCGAGGCCCGCCGGGCGGCGCCGCACGACAGCGGCGCGCGCUCCCUGUCGCGACAGCGCCGGGCCCGUCCCGACCCCGGCCGGCCCCGCCCCGGGUCACGCGGGGGCGCGCGCGCCGCGCCAACUCUCGCGAGAGCCGGGCCUGGCCAAGAUGGCGGCGCUGUGCGAGAGCUUCACGCUGCGCGGGCCGGGCCCCGGCGGCGGCGGCCCCGGCGGCGGCCCCGGGCUGUGCCUGGAGCCGGGCCCGGACAGCGACCUCGUGCUGCUCACCGAGCGCGGCCGGGCCGCCACGCUCUUCAAGAUUUCGGAUCAGAAGCCCCUGGGCUGUUGGUCGGUUAAACAUGGGCAGAUUCUCACCUGUCCAGUCGUGUGCAACUUUGAAACCCAUGAGUACAUUGCAGUCCACGAUGACAAGGUUUUAAGAAUAUGGAAGAAUGAAGACCUUAACUUGGACAAAGCCUUUAAAGCAACACUCUCAGCAGAGGUGUACAGGAUCCACUCCCUUCCCCAGGGGGGGCCGCUGGUGCUGUUCAGGGGAGGGGCGGUUCGGACGCUGGAUGCGCUCUUGGAAGCUCCUCAGCAGGAGAUUGAGAACCUCAUCUCAGCUGAGGCCAUCAAGUGGAGUGGAGCUUUUAUGGAAGGCCAACAACCUGUCUUAAUUUUCACUACUGAGAAACGUGGGGAAUUUUUUGUCUAUGUACAGAAGCCUCAGCUGAGUCGUCUACACAAAUACAAGCUUGAACAACAGAAAUCAGCCAAGCCACGGUGUUUCACAGCACAUAUAACAAACCAAACUGUCACACUUCUGUGUUUGUGCUCCAAUGAUUCUGUGUACCAGGUUCUGAUACCUCUACAGAAAGAUACUGAAGAAGAGGAGGAAGAAGAAAUUUUGUCCAAGUCACUACUACUAAACCUUUCAUUAUCUGGAGCUGUUCUGAAAGGAUCAUCUUUAGUUGUCAUGGACAAAGACCACAUUGCAGUGUUGGGCGGUCAGCCUGAACCUGGGAGAAGGCCCAAAGAGUACCUGACCAUAUGGAAUACAAAAUUUCAGACGUUGCAAACCUCAAAGGAGCUGCCCCUGGGGACCAGCGGCCAGUUGUGGUGUUAUGAAGAAAAAUUUUUUCUAAUUCAUGGGAAAGUGCUGACUGUAAUUAUGUACAAGCGUGAAACAUCAUCCUUGGCAGCUGCUGUGGGAAAGCUCAAGGACAGUCAAACCUUUGAUGUGUCCUCGUUUGUGAACUGGAAUACCCUGGAAGAUGAAGAGCUGGUGGUUUCCUUUCAGUCCCAGGAGUCAGUAGCUCUGAAAGCAGAGUCCAGCAUGAAUUUAAGAUCAAAAAGGAGCACUGUUGCUGGACAACCAGGGACCUUAUCAGUUGGGCAGCUCUUACUAAAACUCAAAGAUGCUUCUAAUUAUGUGUUGGAAAAUGAAUUGAAAAAACUAAUGGCAAAAGCACCGACCCCAGAUCUGCAAGCCACCAUUGGCUGUGUGGUCACUGCCCUUACAGACAGAUGUAAAAGAAAUCCAAAGUACUACCCUCAAAGUAUCCUGCAGGAGAUCGUUGAAACCCGGAACUUGUCCUACAGUUUAUGUCCAGAUUUAAUGGUGGUUGCUUUGGAGAAAAAAGACCUGCAUCUCUUACAAAUCUGCCUAGAACGGUUUCCAGAUAUUCCUGAAGAAAUGACUUAUGCUUGCCUGAAAGCGUUUUUAAGCCUAAGUGAAGACCAUCUUAAAAAUGUAGAUAUAAAUCUAGAUUCCGCGAUCUGUUACAUUGAUGUUGAAUUCAACGAUAUGGAAGUUAAGACUGAAAUUCUAGAAAAUGGUUUCAGUGAAGAGAUGGACCAGGACAUGUGUGAUACCAAAAUCCCAAAGGAAAGCCAGAGCGAUGGUGAAUCCUGCCCUGUUGGGCUUCAGAAGGCAGCACUGCUAAAUGCUGUUCUCCAUUCACCUUACACUGAAACAUUUCUUUUGCCUCACCUGAAAAACCUUCCAGCUGAACAAGCUAUUCUAUUUCUCAGGUAUUUGUAUUACCUGUAUGUGAAAUGCAGUGAAAAAGUUAACACCACUCUUCCUGGAAUACGCUCUCCCACAAUAAAUCAGAUCAUGGAUUGGAUGUGCCUGUUGCUUGAUGCUCAAUUCACUGUAAUGGUGAUGCUUCCAGAAGCAAAGGACUUGCUUUCAAACCUGCAUAAGUUUGUGAGAGCCCAAGUACGGUUCUACUCAGAACUCAACAAGAUUGAAGGAAGUUUGCGGGAAUUACAAAGACUGAACCACCUGAGAGAAUCUCAGACCUAUUCUAUUGAAGUGCUGGAAAUCAUUUGAAUUUGAAGCUCAUUAACACAUUUAUUUUGUAUUGAUUCCUUUUAUGACAAGGAUGUAUUAGCACUCCAUAUUGGGGCUGUCUAAAGUUGUUUUCUACAUAGGAGGAGCCUGGUUACUCUCUAGCUACAUGGGAGUUGUAAGUUUGAACCUUGUGUAUUAAAAUCUCUCUUUUUGACUGGA